AUCAACCUAAAACUUCAUUCUCAAUAGCAAGGUGGAAAGGCAGGUUUAAACUAAAAUAGCGUGCGAAUGACUUCCCUCAGCAGUGCUUAGCCACCUGCUAGGUCAGGCUUUAUAUCCAGUCCAUUGCUCAGGCUUUUUAUCUUCCCAGAAGAAAUGUGAAUCUCGUCAGUUUGUAAGGAACGUGUUUUGGGAGUCUGGACUCCUUACUCCUUGGGAAAACAGUGUUAUCUGCUGAACUCCUAUAAACAUUUUAGAAGCUGCUACUGGAAAUGAAAAUUGUCUCUUUCAUUGUCACGUUGUGUUCCAGGUUCAAACAUACGGAGUUUUCAAAAUAUAGUUAAAAGCUGAUUUUUAAGUCUGUCGAUUUACCUGCCCCACCGUGUUACCUCCUUCCAGUACGGGCUUAAUGCUUAUGCCAGCUAACGUUAAAUUGGUCUCUAGUCCGUACUGUGCCAGUGCUAGGAAUGGAGCUUACAGCUCCAAGAAGCAUCAGAGCGAAGGAAGGAGUAACUGAGCCUUGGGAGAAGACACUGAAGCUGUUUGAUGGGUUUGGAAGUUCUGGCCAUGGAUCAAAAAGGCUAUCGACGAGGAAGUUUCCAGAGCAGCACUAGUGAUGAAGAUAUGCUAGAAAUAGCAGGAGCAUCUCUGGACUUCCCCAUGGCAGAUGAUGACCCACCACUUGACAGAGAGAUGGGAGGUAAUACUCAUGUAAUGGGGGAGAGAUGAAUGCAUAUUCUUUUGCUGACCUUUGGCACUAAAUAAGCAAGAUAUACCUGAUUUUUGUCUUCCAUGAGUUAUCAUAAAUUAGUUUAAAAGUUAAAAUACUUUAUUUUGGACAGCCAGCUGCGAGUCUCUAUGACUUCCCAUAAGCCUUAUGUGAUCUUUUUCUCCCAUCCUUGUUUGCCUUAGGGCAAAACUUAAAUAUAAAUCUUUCUAUUUUGAUUCUUGACUGCGUGAUCUUGAGAUAGUACAAAUGAAGAGACUUCCUCAAAUGCAUGUCACCUGCCAGUAGCUGAACUGGCUCUUCUGCUGGGGAUACUGUGAGUACUGUGUGGUUUUCUUCUUGUUUGGGCCCCUUUCAUCUCUUCCAGGCUCAAGCAUGAGAAGAAUUACUGUUUCUGUAUCAAUUGCAUCAGCUCUGAGUGAUAAGUGCAACUUCGUGGUUAUGAAGUUCUAUAAGUCUACAAAAGGAACGUGUGAAAGAUGUACAUCUUGAACGUGUUAUUUCGUGGGUUAUGCUGACUCCAUCUAAUGUGAAAGACUGACAGGUUCGCUCUGUCAUAGAUAGCAGGCAGUAUACUCCUCCAACCUGACCUUGUGACAUGGAUGACUUUUAGAAACGGACAUAUCACAGAAUGGCCAAGGUUGGAAGGGACCUCUGAAGAUCAUCUAGUCCAGCCCCCUGUCAAGUAGGAUCACCUAGAGCACAUUGUGCAGGAUGGUAUCCAGGAGGGUUUUGAAUAUCUCAGGAGAAGGAGACUCCACAACCUCUGUUGGCAACCUGUGAGUCUGGGAGUCCACUUCAAAAUUCCUCACAUUUAACACAAAAUAAAAACCUGUGACUGAAGUUCUUCUGAACAUACAUUAAUUACUACUAUGUGCAGAAUUAGAUACCUAAAAAUAAUUGCUUUAUGCAUGUUGUUAAUGCAUCUCCUCUUGCAAGAUGCUUUUUCUGUAGCUGUUUGGGUAUGAGCUCUCUCAAGUUAAAUGUGUCCGUGUUUAAUAUUUAGAGAGAAUGAGCUAAAUUAUUUCUCUGACUUUUUGUAAAGAAGUUAAUUACUCUAUGGAGUUUCAAAGCAGUGGUAGGUAAUGUAACUUGCAGUGGUAGAUAACUUGAGUUUGUUUUGCUGUUUGCCUGAAACUCCUCUGCUCUGAAACUUCAUCCCCUCUUUAUCCCCUCAAAAUGUUUUGCCGCUUGUCUGAAACAGUACUCAGUUGUUUCCCUCCUUGUUUAAGUAGGAUUCUUCCAUCUCUGCUCGGUGCAUUUGAAGGCCUGUGACUCCUACUAGGAAAAAAACUUGGUGGCAGGAAUCACUUCCAGGGAAGUGGACGUCAGUUUAGCACAGGUGUCCUUGGAGUGGUUAAGUAUGUCCCACUAAAACGUGAAUUGGAAUAAAGGUGGUGGGGACAGCACUUGAGAAGGCUGCAGACUCUGCGGUGUAACAACUGUUUGUUUCUUGCGAUUUUAGCAAACUUAAUCACAGAGAGAAGCAGUUCAGCAAAAGGGGCUCUUUCUGUUAACAGGAAGUAUAAAUCUUUGUUGGUUUUGACAUUGAAGGAAAAAAAGGAAAUUUAAAAAGGGAAGUAGUUGCCUCCCUGAAUACUGGUUUCAGUUCUCUAUGGAUUUCCCCUACUGAAUUCAGAAAAUGUUUGCCAACAGGUUGGGCACUUGAUGCCCAAGGAUUUGUCCUUCAAAGGUGUAGCAGUGACAUGUGCUUUACCUGAGCUGGGGUUGUGGUAAUUUAAGUUCUCUUGUGGUGGAGUCUUCUGCAAACUUCUGGUUGGGACCUGUAUUUCUGAUGUGCUGCAUUUGCUGUGACACAUUGAAGAAUGGAGGUUUUUUAGUGAUGCUAUUUAAAACCAGAACCCAGCCCUCUUUCACCUUCUUCUCCAAAAAGUGUCUUAGAAACUCUCCCGCGAAUUAGUUGUGGCAUCUCAAGUAUAAACAUGAUUGCAACUGGAGCUUUUAGAUCCUGUGAAGUGACUUGAAGAAGAAUCACAUGCUUUUUGAUAAAUUUGUAUAUCUGGAUUGCAUUUCACAGCCAGUGCUCUUUCAUGCUUUCCUUAAGAGCCCUGACUAACGAGAGGCAGGAUUUUCUUGCUGUGUCAGGUCUCAGAUGGAAAUGGGCAGCCGUGCACGUGGCCUGUAACAUGUGAUGCUUGUAUUGAAAAAUAUCUUUUUCACAGGAUCUAUACAGAGUGUGAGACUUUGUUCCUAACUGGUAUUUGCAUGAACGCACCUAAUUUCUAAAGUCUUGAGUUCUACAAGAGCUUGAUAUAGCUGUAGAUAUUCUGAAUUCUUCAGGCUUGGUUCAAUCUAAAUGAUUUGCAAAACUGCAGGUACUUUUAAUGCCUGGUACUGUGCUGUCUGCCUUAAUGAAAAGUCACCAUGAGUAGCACAAUAUUACUCUUAUCUUUUUUUGUUUGGACUUCAGCAUUUUGUCAAUAAAUGAUAACAGAUAA